UGUUUUAAUUGUUAUGAUCAAGAUUUUUUUUAACGAUCUACCUUUAGUAAAUGAGAGUAAAUCUUUAAUAAUUCAUUUCAAAUCAAUAUAUUACUUAACUUUAAUUGAGAUCUGAUUGCCGACUUUGUAUUCCUGUUGGAUAUUUCGGUGUUUUUUGACAUAAAACAUGUUGUUUUACUCAUUUUUCAAAUCUCUUGUUGGGAAGGAUGUUGUAGUUGAACUGAAAAAUGAUUUAAGUAUUUGUGGAACACUGCAUUCAGUCGAUCAAUAUUUAAAUAUAAAAUUAGUUGAUAUUAGUGUCACUGAUCCAGAAAAAUAUCCUCAUAUGGCAUCAGUGAGAAAUUGUUUUAUUCGUGGAUCUGUAGUACGCUAUGUACAAUUACCUGCAGAUGAAGUUGACACACAAUUGUUGCAAGAUGCUGCACGUAAAGAAGCAACUAUUGCUAGAUAAUAUUAUUGAAAUGUAUUUAAUAUAAGUCAUUUAUUUUUAAGAAAAUAUAAACUAAUAAUUAAGUAAAAAAUAAAUCUGUUUUUAUCCUUAUAAAUAA